CAUAAGAAACCGCCAGCCAUGGCAGAUUUUGAUGAUUUCCCACCGAGUGAUCCGGAGCCUGAGGAGCCGCCUGCUGUGGUGACUCCGGCUCCUGUUAUCCCCAUAGUGGACAUCCCUACAGCAGAACCCCCUCCCUCACCCUCACAACAUGGAGACGACCAAUCAACGGUCAGGGACUCACCAAGUGAGGAGGAAACAGAGACUGGGCAGUCGGAAGUUGACUCCGAGAGACCCCCAAGCACCCGGCGCAAAACCAGGCGUAAGAAGAAACGUCUGGUGAACGGGGUGGACAUGACACCACCUGCAGAGCUGCUUAGGAAGGCUGAGAGGAGAGCCAAGAAGUAUAGGAGUGACAAAAAGGUGGAUGAGUGUAUAGCAGAGUUAGUGAGGUGUACGGCCCUGUCCAGGGUAGUGUAUGGAGAUGGUGACUGGAGACUUGCAGAGGCACACACCAACUUAGCAGCAGGCUAUCUGGAGCUCAGAGGACUGGCUCCCCAGGCCCAGCAGCAUGCAGAGAUGUCCCGCUCCAUCCUGCUGGGAGGUGUGCACACAUCCCACUCCAGCCAUACCAAGGCACGGAUCCUGGAGGUCCUCGUAAACAUGCACCUCAUCCUGGGGAGGGCGCUCACAUCGCAGAAAAAAUUCCGUGAGGCAGAGCACUCCUUAAACAGAGCCUCUAAGGUGUGUGAGGAGAGACUUAAGGUGCCGGGGCUCAACAGUCUGGAGCAGACAGACCUGGAGACAAGGGUGGCCAUCGCUCAGGGGAAGCUGUACCUUGCUGACAAAAACCCAUCAAAGGCAGCAAGAUUCAUGGAAAAGGCUGAGGAUCUGAUCAAGGAGAACCAUGGAGAAGACAGUGUGCAGCUGAUCCCUGUGUACCAGGACCUGGGAAGGAUAGAGCAGAGUAAGGGAGACGACACUGAUCAUGACAGAGCUGUGGAGUACUUCCUACAGGCCCACUCUAUCUCUGGAGUGAGCUACGAGUCGGGGAGUGUGGAGAUCGGUAGAACGGCGCACGCUCUGGCCAUGGCGUAUUCAGCCUCUAACAUUGCUGAGGGAGAAGCCUCAGCGGAGACAUACCUGGAAGAGUGCCUGGGUAUCUACCAGGUGGCGUACGGGCCGCACCACCCGGACACACUACGGGUGCAGGACGAGCGAAGCAGGCUGCUGGUCAGGAUGGGCAAACAGGAGGAAGCGCUGGAGGCCCUUCGGUUUAACCUGCGCCCCAAGAUGGAGGCGUUUGGUGAGUACAGUGAGGAGGUGGCCGAGUCGUACCAGCUCAGCGGAACCAUCCGCCUCACGCAGGGCAAGAUGGAGCCGGCACUCAAGAGCCUCAAGAAGGCUCACAUGAUCCAGUCUAACCUGUUUGGUGCCGGGCACAAAAAGGCAAAGGCAACACAGCAGCUCAUAGAUAUGAUCACAAAGACUCCUUCUGUAGCUGCCAAGCAAACGUCCACAGACAGCAAGAAGCCGCACUUCUCAGCCAUCGUGGGGAGGAACACUCAGCUGGGAGGGUUUAAGGCUGCAUUGUUCUGAGGAGCUGUGAAGUCAUAGUCUCCAAUUAGACCCUACGGUGCCUUAGAGAUAGUGUCAAAGCCGGCC